UUUGUGGACCAUUGAAUCACGCUUCUGAUUAUCUCUUGUCUCUUUCUUGCGAGGUACAACUCUAAGGCUAGAGAAUUAUGGAGUUUGAAGACGAAGCCAACAAAUACAACACAUCCGAAAUUGAUUGGGCGAGGAACCGUAUGAUUCACGAGAAGGAGGAAGAGCAUACGAAGACCAGUCAUGUUAUGAAGAAACUGAUUCUUAUAUUAGUUAUGGGAGUGGAUCAGAACGUGAAGAAGAAGACUCACAGAUGGAAGACGCUGAUUCCCAAAUCAAUCAUGGAGAUGAAUAUGAGAAUUCUGAAGGAGAUGACCAUGAAGGAGAUUCAUGGCAGGGAGAGAAUGAAUAUCAGCUCAGUCAAAGAGAGGGGGAUCACAAAAGUGAGCAAGAACACAGAGAGUUCACUCAUGAAGGAGAUCGUGAUCAGUUCAUAAAACAAUACCAAAGGCGUUGGUAUGAAGAAUCUGAUUCUCAAAUCAGUUUAGGAGAUGGUGAUCCAUAUAAUGAUGAGCCUUGGAACGUAGGGGCUGAUCCAAAAGGAGGUUAUGUUGAUGAAUUGGGGUUUGAAAAGCAGGUUCAAGAACCAAAGAAAGCAAAAAUCAACUACACCAUUGAUGAUGAGUCUUGUGAUGAGCCAACAGAUGAUGAAGCAGCUUGUGAGCCACGCCACGUCUAUUUUUUAAGUCAUGAAUAAGGACCAGAAGCUUACCUACAGUGGGGGAGCGAAAUGGAGUACAUGAUGAGGUCACAAAACAUUUCUAAGGAUCAGAAACUUUCAUACGCACUUGACUCGCUUGUUGGAGAAGCUACUACAUGGUGGGAACAAAAAGAAGUUGUGGCCAAUUAUAAUAAGUCUACCAUCACUUGAGGUAAUCUCAAGCAGCGUACGUAUUCAAGCAGCAUAUGUAUAGAGAGUUUUUACAGAAGUCCCACAACCCGCAGCUACAAUCCCAAGAGGCUAAUGUUCCAAACAGCUACAAAGAGGUGGAUGUCUACACCAAAAUCACAGCCUGUUUCUAAGUCAAAGAAAGCUUGCGGUUCUGAGCCAAAGAAAGUGUCUCAAAGCACUUUGGAAAAGAAGUCAAAGGCUGAGAAACCAGUGGCAACCACAGAAGUUAAACCAAAUCUAAAUCCUCCAAUCACAGCUCACAAGGGAAGCACAAAACCGAGACUUGAGCCACAAGGCAAAGCAAAGCAAUGUAAGUUUUCUAAAACUCUUAAGAUAGAAAUCACAAUCUGUUAUAGAUGUCAUAAGAGAGGACAUUUUGCUAAGACGUGCCCAUCUAGAGAAUUAGAAACUACUUCAUCAGUUGAUCAGACAAAAGAAGAAGUCAAAGAAGUAGAGAAAGAGGAGUUGCAUUUUCAAGUUUCCAAUUCAGAUAUGAUGUGCUUGUCUCUGCCAAGGGUUAUUAAUGCAGGUUUAAAUCAUGGAGAGCAUCACUAUGAAGAGAUCAAGACGUGCCAGCCUACCACUGAAAAAUAUGAAGUUUUCACUAGCUUCACUCCGAUCCAAGAGGAGCCACCAGAUCCUACAUUGAAUCCAAAUAUCGUGGCAACAAAAGAAACAGAACUAAUCGACAGUUCUGAUCAGGUGGCAAGAACAUUGCAGGUAUAGAAGAGAAGCAACAAGAGCCCAAACCACCAAAGAUCAAUGGUGUUAACAAAUGUGAAAAAAUGGAUUUCACAAAGAUGAAUGUCCUGCCGCCAAAGAAAGUCAACAACAAACCUUUGAGAGGAGUCAUUUUCUAUUUACUGAUCAAAGAAGAACCACCAUACAAUCCAAAGCAAUCCCACCUGAACCGAGAUGGAGAAAGGACCCAAGGUAAAUUUCUAGACUCACAUCUUUACCAUGAUACUAACUUGCUCUAUCUUUGUGCAGAUGAUCUAAUUUCGAGGACGAAACUUUUUCAAGAGGGAGGGUAUGAUGCGGACAUCAACCCAUCAAGAUGACUCAUGGUGAUCUCAACACUUGGAAGAACUAGGUGCAACAGACAUGAGAGUCUAGCCAAGGGUAAAGGAGAGACGAUCUCCCUUGUUGAACAAGUUAAUGGAAAAGGGGAGACGACUGUCAUUAAUUUAUUCCCUCUAGACUCCUAUCCCAUCACCAAGAAACCAUUAGAUCACUCAAUCUUAACCGGACCAAACCAAAGAGGAGGCAACCAAUCUAUUGAAGACUCUGCUCAACCCAAAAAGAGCCCCGAGUCUUGUCCAGGCCAAAAGAAGUCCAAGAACAAGUGUUCCAGCCCAACUACCACUUGUAUUACAUUCCUAGCUCAGCCAGAGCACGCCUCAAAGUAGAAUCAGUCCAAUUAGAGUUCAGAUGAAGGAGAUAUAAUGUUUAUAAAUUGGGUGAUCCUGAACUUACCCGAUUUAGACAUAUCCGCCUUAAUUGGAGAAUUCCAACUAAACCAAGAGGAAUUAAGCUUUAAACCAACC